AACAUACCAGGGGUCCUGGGAAUCGCGCUGGAUAGCACACCUCAUGGUCCAAAUGUCGAGGAACUUCUAAGGAACCUGACAUUGCAGACCGUUGUUUCGAUACUGAAUAGCACGAAAUUGUCGGAGAUAAACAACGUCGUGCAGGCGCUCUCCCAAGAUGCUCAGGACACGUUGAUGAAGUACCUGUAUAGG